GGAGUCGAGUCAUUCACUUUGAGUCAUUGCUGGAUUCUUUUUUCAUCUCCGCACAAGUCUAAAGCAUGGAUUUGCGACGUUGGACACUUUUUUCUCAACUUGCAAACCCUCAAAAUUUAUUAUUUUAAAAAAUAUGCCAGUCUACAGACAAGCUUUAAAUGACCUCGACGACAAGCGAAUCAAGGAAAUCCGUCCUUUGAUCCCGCCUCAGAUCUUGGUCGAGGAUAUCCCACUUACACUCAAGGCUGCUCAGACUAUUGUCGAGGGUAGACAGUCUGCUGAGAGCAUUAUCAAGGGAAAAGACGAUAGACUUUUGGUUAUUGUUGGCCCAUGCUCAAUCCACGACGUCAACGCCGCAAAGGAAUAUGCCAAGCUUUUGAUCGAGUACAACGAAACUGCCAAGGAAGAUCUUUGCAUCAUUAUGCGUGUCUACUUUGAAAAGCCACGUACCACUGUUGGCUGGAAGGGCUUGAUCAACGAUCCUGAAUUGAACAACAGUUUCCAGAUCAACAAGGGUCUUCGUGUUGCUCGCCAGCUUUUGUUGGACUUGAAUGAGAUGGGUAUUCCAACUGGUUGUGAAUUCCUUGACACCAUCUCACCACAAUACACUGGCGAUUUGGUUGCGUGGGGUGCUAUUGGCGCACGUACCACUGAAUCACAGAUUCACAGAGAACUUGCCUCUGGACUUUCAUGCCCUGUUGGUUUCAAGAACGGUACUGAUGGUGCCAUUGGUAUUGCUAUUGAUGCUAUCAAGGCUUCCAGCAAUGGUCACCAUUUCCUUUCUGUCACAAAGCAAGGUCUUUCCGCCAUUGUUCAGACUGAGGGUAACGAUAGCUGCCACGUCAUUCUUCGUGGUGGCAAGACUGGUCCCAACUACGAUGCUGAAGAAGUCAAGAAGACCGCCACUCAGUUGGAGAAGGCUAAGCUUCCUGGCCUUGUCAUGAUUGAUUGCAGUCACGGUAACAGCAGCAAGGAUCACAACCGACAACCCAUUGUGGCCGAUUGCAUUGCACAACAACUCGAACACCCCAAGGAGACUGGAGAUAACAUCAUUGGUGUUAUGAUUGAAUCUCACCUUGUUGAAGGACGUCAGGAUAUUCCUGCUGAAGGCGCACAUAGAUUAACUUAUGGUCAGUCUGUUACUGAUGCUUGCAUAAAUUGGGAAUCCACCUCCCGAGUACUUGACAGACUUAGAGAAGGUGUUCGGGCAAGAAGAGCUGCUCGCCGCGCUUAAAUUUCUAUCUGCAACCACUACCUCACCCAAAAAAAAUAAAAAAAAUUCAAAUUGGCCGGUUAUGCUCUGGAGACGUUUACAUCCAUCGCAAAUAUUCCUUAUCCUAAAAAACCAAACCCAUUGAAAUAAAAACACAUUAGGAGAACACAAUGUAGAGAUCGAUUAACCCCCCUGUGUGGUUACCUACUCUCAGCUAUAUUUUGCGGCGAUGAAGUACAGUAGAUGAGAGUACCGAAAGUGGAUCGAUGAAAUGAUAAUAACUUUUCGUCCGAGCAUGCAGCAUAGGGAACCCACACCAGCAAUAGUAGACGGCCGCCACUUGCUGAGCGAUGGAUUGGCGCCCUGCAUGGGUGACUGAUUUUUUUAAAGCGGCGAAAGACUGGCUAAUGGAAAUA